GGUGAAGAGGCUGGUCUUGCAAUGCCUUUGAAUAUUUUACUUUUAGGCAGUUCCUCAUCAGUCAGCCACACACAUCCGAGGCGAGCUGAAGCUAACUACAGCCAUGGACAGCACUAGGAGAUCUCACAUCUAAUCGCACGCAUCAUUCCUCCGGGAUAUUCUUGAAAUUCCACAUCCAAACACGCUGACAGCAGCUGCACUCACACACACACACACUCACACACACACUCACACACUCACACACACAUCCACACGUCGCAGAGCCGCCGAGCAAACACCUUGUCUCUCCUCUCGCAGGAUAUACCCGCUCACACACAUCUCUCUUUAUCUCCUCCUGGCUUCCCGGAGGAUCCUGCCGGCUGUUUUUCAUGGAGAAAGUCCAGGGAGAAAUGGAGAUUGAGAGAUGGGAAAGAAGUGAAGAAAUUUCAGACGCAGAAAAAAAGGUUAUUCAAGAGAUAUGGAGCAGAGUAUAUGCAAACUGCGAGGACGUUGGGGUCUCCAUACUCAUCAGGUUUUUUGUGAACUUCCCCUCGGCCAAGCAGUACUUCAGCCAGUUCAAGCACAUGGAGGACCCUCUGGAGAUGGAGAGGAGCCUGCAGCUGCGCAAGCACGCCCGGAGGGUCAUGGGGGCCAUCAACACCGUGGUGGAGAACCUCAACGAUGCUGAAAAGGUCUCCUCUGUGCUGGCCCUGGUGGGCAAGGCCCAUGCCCUCAAGCACAAAGUGGAGCCCAUCUACUUUAAGAAACUCACUGGUGUGAUGCUGGAGGUGAUUGCUGAGGAAUACCCCAACGACUUCACCCCCGAGGCACACGGAGCCUGGACCAAGAUGAAGACCCUCAUCUGCACCCAUGUGACAGCAGCCUACAAGGAGGCAGGCUGGGCUCAGUACCCCACUGCCACCCUGUGAGCGCCCAGGGGGCCACCAGAGGGGCAGGGAGGGCUUUGCUCACCCCAGGACUUCACUCUGGUCUCCUCUCAAGAUCUUUGCUCGGUUUGGGGAGCCCAGCAGGGCCAGUUCUGUCAGCUGCCAAGUCACAAUUUGAUCUCCAUGGGGUUUAAAAACAAACUAAACAAGCCAAAAAAAGCCACAGAACCAUGAAGGGUGUGGGUGGGUCGGGGUGAAGCAGUUGCAGGGGACGCUGGAAGGGGAUGCAGAGGGUGAGGGGAGAGCUUUUGUUGUUGGCUCCAUCUUCCUGUCCUGGCCUGUCCAUCACCACCUCCCAAAUCCUGCACCUCACUUGCACCAUCUCAAAGCCCCUUGCACAAGUGCUGAUGCCCCAUUCACUGAUGAACAACACAACCCUCAUUUUCCACGUGAGGCCCCUGGCUAAACCUGGAGCCCCUGACUGCACCGAGAACUUUGCUUUGCUUUGCACUUUGUGUGUCACCUGGCAGGGCUGACAGCCAGAGCCUCUCUGGGUGCUCCAGGUGGGCAGCAGAGCUCACCUGUGCAGUCACCCACAGUCCCUGUCCUGGGCUGGCUGCUGCAGCCCCUCUGGGCUGGGAGAGAAGCUGCCCCACAGCCCCAGAGAGGGGAAGGAGGGGGAUCCCCUUUGGGGAUCCCUCAUGGCUCAGAGCAUGGUGUGUGGGUGGGAUCCCUGUGCCACAGGUGAGGAGCUGGUGAGUCCCCCCACAGCUCCCUGAGGAGGGGUUUGGAUGGAGCAUGGUGUGCCCUGGGAGCUGCUGUGUGUCGGUCUGUCUGUCCUCUCAGUGAGAACAGGGGUCAGGCUGUGAUUAGGAGGAGGAAAGAUGGCACAGACACAUCAGGAGGGAUUCUGGUUAUGAGGAAAGGUCCCUUCUCUGUUAACAUCCAUAAAUACCUUGUACAUAUUCCUGUCCUCAUGGUGAGACUGGGCUCCUCCAAACAAAGUGCCUGGUAGAAAUCAGCCCAUGCAGGAGCUGAGUCCCUCCUGGGGACAGCAGUGCUCCUGCCUGUGCCUGACAGAGGCUUCUCCCACCCCCCAAACGUGGCUGCAGGCCUUGGAGCGCUCAUCCCUCCUCCAACACCAACUCCUCCUGAACCUCUGGGUCAGUCUGCCUGGUUGUGCCUCAGUUUCCCCUGCAGAUAUGAAAAAAGGAGGAGGAGGAGCAGCCCCGUGUCCUUCUGCCCACAUGUGGUUGGAUUCGUAACAUUUCUGGGAACUGAAUGGCAAAGGAUUGAGGAUGAAAUGCCAGAUGUGCUGGGAAGCUUUGGAAUCCUUGGCACCCAAUAUUUCCCUGAAGGCCUGUGCUAUUUUUAGAGCUCAGGCAUUAAGGGCAGUGUUAUCUGUGGCAGUGGGAGGAGGGUUCCCUUCUGAGAUUCCCUCUGGCCUGGCUCCACCGCUGUCCUGGAGAGCUGGCAGCUCCUGAGAGAGCCCAGCUCCUCUCCUGGUGCCAGCUGGACAGGCAGCCAGCCCAGAGCUCCACCUGGCAUCCCCACAGCCACCCUGGGGCCAUCCCUCACCGUGGGUCACUGCCCCAGGCUGACCUCCCUCCUCCAGAGCAGACAGACAGACAGAACCUCCUGCUUGGCUCACCUGUGCUUUCACCAUCCCCAGGAACAGAACAGGUUUAUUGUGUCUCAAAACAGCCCCAGGA